AAUUAUGUAUAAAAGUUUUCAAGAGUACAAACAUUCUCAAUACCAAAAAAAAAACAUGUCAUCGAAGCCUAUUACACUCGUUACGGGAAAUGCUAAUAAAUUGAAGGAAAUCAUUAAAAUAUUAGGUUCAGAUUUUCCUAGACAGAUUAUUAGUAAGGACAUAGAUCUUUUGGAAAUUCAAGGGUCACCAGAUGAAGUCGCCACUGCAAAGUGCAAAGAGGCGGCUAAAGUAAUUAACGGGCCUGUAUUGGUUGAAGAUACAGCCCUAUGUAUGAAAUCUUUGAACGAUUUGCCAGGCGUGUAUAUAAAAUGGUUUUUAAAGGCUCUCACUGCAGAAAAUUUACAUAAACUGUUAGCUGGCUUUGAAGAUAAGUCAACUUACGCCUUAUGUACAUUCGCCUAUUGCGAGAAAGAUGGUGAAGAAGUGAAAAUUUUUAGAGGAAAGACACCUGGAAUGAUCGUUGAGGCGAGAGGACCAAGACAAUUCGGCUGGGAUCCCUGCUUUCUACCUGAUGGCUUUGAUAAGACUUACGCUGAACUAGAUUCUGAUGUAAAAAAUUCAAUAUCACAUAGAAGAAGGGCUUUAGAAGAAUUAAAAGCUUAUUUUUCCUAA